AUGGUUCCAAUGGCAGUAGGAGUUCUGGUCCCAAUUCAAAUCCUAGCUGCAGACCCCAUUCAAGUUCCUCACCAAUUUCCAGUUCAAGAUCCAGGAAGAGAAUUUUCGCCGAGAGACAGCAUAGCUAGUAAUCCUCAGUUAACAUUUGAGACACCAAAUAACACUAUCACUUUAGAAAGUGAACAAGGAGGACUCAGAAAUACAUCUUCACAUUCUGAGCAGGCAGGUGUGAGAAACUAUGUCACAACCAUCAGAAUUCCUGUACAUGGAAUUUUAAAUCCUGGUUUAAAGGAUAGAAUAUCUGCUGCAACUCAGAGCACAUUAUGCUGCAGACCCCAUUCAAGUUCCUCACCAAUUUCCAGUUCAAGAUCCAGGUAUACGUCUAGUUCCAGUUCUAGUCCUAUGUCCAGUUCCAGCUCCAGUAGUGAAUAUUCAGAAAUUAGCUUAUUGAUGUUUGAAAGCAGUAAUGAAGAAAGCUCAUUGUCAGACUCACCAUCAGAGGCCAGGCAAGAAAUGCAACAUAGGACCUUUGCUGAAGAUGACACUUGGCCCUUCUCUAAUCUUGUUCAGUUUUUCAUCUUAAAUGAAGAUGAUCAUGACCAACCUACAGAACUCAACAAAGCACAGAUUGAGAACUUGGCAGUAAGAACUUUUGGUGAAAUUGCUUCAUUAACAACCUGUUCUGUUUGCAUUACAGAACACACAGAAGGGAACAAGCUUCGCACACUACCUUGUUCCCAUAUAUAUCAGGCCCACUGCAUUGAUCGCUGGCUGCCUGAGAACUUUACCUGUCCUAUUUGUUGCCGUAAAGUAAUAGACUCUAGUUACAGAGAAAAUUCUAGCUGA